GUUUCUGGAUAUUCGAGACUACAUUUUUACGACGACAAUGUUUGGUCACGUGACGUGUUGUGGCCAGGUUAUAGCAUUAGCAGGUUGAAAGGACUGUUUUAUUGGAUUUUGUUGCUUGCUAGAUGUUGCACUAUAUUUCUGGCUUUGCUUGAGUAGCAGACGUUAGUUGCUGACCCAGUGUGCAGACGGAACAAACAAUCUUGAAAAAUGGUAAAGCAGGUGGGUUUGUUGUCUGCCGGCUGUCAGCCGUGGAAUCACGAUGUCUGUGCUUCUAGUGAGGACAGGUUUGCAUAUUGUGCAACCAUGGCGAUAUAUAUCUAUGAGCUGGACGUUAAAUUUAACGAGUUCAAGUUGGUGUCCAUUAUGUCAGAACAUAAAAAAACCAUAACGGCAAUAUCCUGGAAUCCACGUGACAGAAAUGUCAUUGCUAGUUCCAGCGCUGAUCACCAAAUCAUCGUGUGGGAUGUUGCCAAGCAGAAAAAGAUAGCAGUGUUAGAAAACACUCGUGAGUUACCGAGAUCUGUGAAUUGGAGUUACCACGAGUUAGAUUGUGUGGCGUUCAUUUCAGGACGUGGACCUCUUUACUUAUGGUAUCACAACACCAAUAAACAAGUAGUCCCGGUUAAAGAGACCCAGAAUUUUGUUUCCAACGUCUGUCAGUUCCGAUGGCACCGUAAAAACGUGGGUAAAGUGGCAUUCGGCCAUGAAGAUGGAAGUAUAUCUGUAUGUUUAUUAGGAUCUAAAAGUCAGAAACAUAUAUUUCAACCUGACCCUGAUGACGACGAUGAGGAGGAGGAUCCCGUUACCUCGUUAGAAUGGGAUCCUCUGUCUAUGGAAUAUCUAUUAAUAGCCAAUAAACGUUUUGGUGUGCGACUAGUAGAUACAGCUAGUCUUAAUGUCAUUAUGAUGUUCCAGUUACCCAGCGCGGCUGCUCAUAUUCAGAGCCUAGCGUGGAUACCCAAUGCACCUGGGAUGUUCGUCACUGGAGAUUCUCGUGGUGGUAUCCUCAGACUGUGGAAUGUUUCUAAAAUGACGCCGAUUGAGAAUAUUAAAGUUAAGCAGACAGGGUUUCACGCCAUGCAGGUUAUCGAGUCGUCUGUUGAUAAUAGUUUAGACGAAGAAGAGGAAGUCGCGGAAACUACGAUUAAUCAUAUCUCCUCAACGAGUCAAACCCUGGCUCCUACAUCAACGACACAUACAAGAUUUGCUCUACCACCAGCGCGGGUCGUUUGUACAUUUCUCGACGGUGGUGUUGGUCUUUACGAUCUGGGGCGUAGAAAAUGGAACUUCCUCCGUGAUCAGGGUCAUAUAGAGACAAUAUUUGAUUGUAAAUUUAAACCAGAUAAUCCUGAUUGGUUGGCUUCUGGUAGUUUUGAUGGAACAGUUAAAAUCUGGGAUAUAAAUACACUACAAGCUGUACAUACAUCUGCAGGUAAUGAAGGUAUUAUAUAUAAUAUAUCAUGGGCACCUGGGGAUUUAAACUGUAUCGCUGGAUGUACAGGAAAAAAUGGGGUAUUUGUCUGGGAUAUCAACCGCACAAAAAUUAUUAAAAGAUUUACCGAGCAUGGUAAAUGUUGUGUUUAUUCUGUGGCAUGGAAUCCCAAAGAUUCUCGACAUCUGAUGUCUUGUGGGGCUGAUGGUUACUGUAUUAUACGACAGCUAGAUGGUAAAUUAGUACAGAAAUAUAAACAUCCCUCAGCUGUUUAUGGAUGUGACUGGAGUCCACAUAACAAAGAUAUGUUGGCUACAGGGUGUGAAGAUAAGAAAGUUCGAGUAUAUUACAUUACGUCCAGCUCUGAUCAACCACUGAAAGUUUUCUCAGGUCAUACAGCGAAAGUAUUUCAUAUAAGAUGGUCACCAUUAAGAGAAGGUAUUUUAUGUAGUGGUGCCGAUGAUCACACGAUAAGAAUAUGGGAUUAUACGAAAGAACAAUGUAUUAAUGUAUUGUCUGGCCAUGAAGGUCCUGUACGGGGGUUGAUGUGGAGCUCAGAGGUACCAUAUAUACUGGUGUCUGGUAGUUGGGACUCGUCUAUUAGAGUCUGGGAUACUAGAGAUGGCGCCUGUAUAGAUACCGUCUGUGAUCAUGGUGCUGAUGUUUAUGGAUUAGCGUGCCAUCCAUCCCGACCGUUUAUUCUAGCCUCUUGUUCGCGUGAUUCCACACUGAGGCUGUGGUCCUUAACCUCAUUAAUUGAACCAAUACAAUUAAACCUUAUAUGUAGCCAACAGUGGACGGAUGUCAUCGGAACACCAGAAAGUGCGAUGAGUUUAGGAACACCACCAUUAUUAACUGGUAAAGCUUCUAAAGAACUGAAACAACAGAUAGAAGAACUGACAAAAAAUAACCUCGCUUCCAAACUUCAACUCUUCUCUAAAUUCUUUAUGCAACCACAGGGGACUAUAAAUCUAUGGGAACUUGUAUCUGUAGUUAAUGGUUUAAGUGACUCGUUAUUAUCAGACCAAUAUAAACACGGUAUCAUGCACAUCAAACAUCUGACGUUAUAUAAAUCUUCAGAAGCUCAAGAAUUAGAGAUGAUAAAAAUGUCUAAAUUUGGAGGAGGAAUUGGAACCCCGUCGAAAGAUGAGAGAUUAUUAGAAGCCGCUAGAAUAUAUAUUAAACUGGGUAAUAUACAGAGAUACUGUGAACUAAUGGUGGAUGUCGGCGAGUGGGAAAAAGCUUUAUCUGUGGCACCUGGUGUAUCCAUGAAAUAUUGGAAAUCUCUUUCACAAAGGUAUUCGGAUUAUUUAGUGAAGAAAGAUUCUGAAUCUUGUGUUUCGUAUUGUGUAGCUCUCGGUAAUUAUAAACAAUUAGUGAAAUAUUUUACAAAACGAGGACAAUUAUCAGACGCCAUAUUAACGGCGCAAGCUGCUGCUGAGGGUUCGUACCCACCAGAAAUUACUUCGUCCACCAACGAGUCAUCGUAUAUUAAUGGCUGUACGGAAGAGAGUCCGACAUCUUCAGAUGCCAUGCAACUUGUGAUAAAAUCAAUGGAGAAUUUAGGUGAACAAUAUUAUAGAAGUGGUUCACCAACAUUAGCUGCUUGUUGUCAUUUAGCUGUUGGCAAUAAUCAGAAUGCCAUGUCAACGUUAAUACGAGGCCAUGAGUUAGAAUUAGCUGUCAGUGUUGGUAUAGUUUUAGGUGAUGUUGUACAAUACGUAGAUUACGCUGUACAGUUAUUAUCUACAAGAUGUGAACGACUAGGAAAAUGGGAUUUAGCUAUUGAUAUGUUAAAAACAAUGUCUAACUGUGAUAGAUCUAUAGUGUAUGUGUGUAUUAGAUGUGCUGCCAGUAUGGAUGAGAUUAAUUCAUUACAUACGAAGGCCGGAUUACCGAGUAUGGAUGAGUGUCUGGUCAAGGGGAGAGAACUACAAUCAACAGAUCUAUUAGAGAGUGUUAAAUAUUAUUUAUUAUCAACAGCACCAGAAACUGGUUUAAAUCUAGGACUCAUUUAUAUCAAAGAUAAGAUGAGUAACAACAACUGGCAGUGUAAUGAUAUUAAAGACAUGUUACAGUUAAUAAGUUGUAUACAAACAGAAAAAUUACAUCAACAUCAAUGUAGCCAAAUGAAGGAUGAAUUAUUAACAUUAAGUUGUUAUAUUGGAGCAUUAGAGGCCGUUAGACAAGGUUAUCAUUCUAUUGUAGCAUCUUUACUUAAUUAUACCAGAUAUUGUCUACAGAAGAAUGUUGAUGUACCUCUUACAGAUUCACGUGUCUUCUCUGAAUUAGAGGUGUGGAAGACGUAUUAUCAUGCUCACAAAAAAAGGACAACAGAAGAGAAUACAUCAGAAGAGAAAUCUAUAUAUCAUGAUUUCUGGCGAAAGGCAGGCAAGAAGACAAGUAUUAUAUCAUUUGGACCAGAUUGCGUGGCCAGUUCACAACUACCAUCACAUUCUGAUGUUCAUAUAUCUUGUCUUACAGAAAAAAGAAUUCUGGGUUUAGCCUAUUUUCUAGAAGAUGGUAAAACAGCCAUGUCCAUUAACGAAGCCAUCAUGUGGGCUAAAGUCAACCCCUUCUCACCUUUACUAUCAGGGGUUAGACUCAACCCUUUCUAGCAUCUUUACUACCAGGGGUUAAACUCAGCCCCUUCUAGCAUCUUUACCACCAGGGGUUAGACUCAACCCUUUCCAGCAUCUUUACCAUUAGGACCAGGGUCGUUACUAGCUCAGAAGUGUUCUCGGGUGCUGUAAAAUUGCCGGAAUAUGUAUAUCUAUAGCCCCCCUGUGCCCCCCCCCCCUUAGUUACGGGCCUGGGUUAAACUCAACCCUUUCUAGCACAGAUAUAUUUACAUCAUUAUAAAUAUUUUAAUUAAACACUUUCCGUCAUCAACACGCACGUUUCACACUUCAUUUAAAGGAGCUAUCCCUCUUUUUGAUUUGGGUUUUAAAUUAAAUAUUUUGAAUUCGGUUGAUUUGGUUCAGUUAUUUUAAUUUGUGAUGUAGCUAUUUCUAUAACAGUUAAAUUUAUGUUGAGGAAGUUUAUUUGGGGUUUUUUUGUCUUCUAUUUUAACAUUGGCUUUUAUUUGUGUUUGCAAAAUUUUGAACGAAGACAGAUUGCCACCCUAACCCCAAAAAAUUAACAUUUCUUAUCACCGUCUUGGUGAACAUAAAAAUUUUGAACAAAAAAAUCAAUUCACUGAUUUUAUUUUUGAGCCAAAUCAAAGAAUGCGAAUCAUUUUGAUAUAUUUAUAGGAUUUGUGUAUUUUUUGUUUUUAUACGUCCACAUUUUCCUGUAAACAUAUGACCGCGCUCCUGUCCGUCCAUGAGUUCCGUUCAUGUUUUGUUUGUGGACACUCUACAGGACGAAACUUGAAAUAUAGUUUGAUAUCCCAAAGUUCUUGGUUCGUUUUGAUAUCGGCACAUAUCGCACCAUAACUUCCUGCAUAAUGACCCCUGAUUGUAUGAAAAAUCGCUUUUUUAAUUUGUUCUCUGUCCAUCUCUUGCAAAAUGUGGGCGUAACUUGAAUGGCAACGACUUGUUGAAAUCUGUUUGUAGAAGUUUUUAUAACUUGUUUCAAAAUGUAUAUAGGGCAUCUGUACAAUAAUAAAUACAUUCUGUUACCUGUUGGAGGGUUGGAUGGCCGAAUGGUUAGCACGUGCACACUGUAUCAUAAAACCAGUCAUUGAGUCAACUGGCGUGGUUUCGAAUCCCCGGUUGUACCUGACAAGGAGUAGGGUCGCCUGUCCAACCGCGUGGGUUUUCUCUGGGUCCACUGCUAAAGACCCCUACGCGCAAGCGAGUUAUUGAAAGAAAACACACAACUUUAUGGAUUUACUUGGUUUAUUUUAUGUAAUGGAGCCACGUCGAAGCGACUGGAAGUGGGGCUAGCUUAAUAUCUCGGAGUUCCCAUGGUCGAUCCCAAUGUUAGUCAAGAUAGUUCCCCAAGGUUUUUCCAACGUUGUUUACCUUAGUCAGGGGUAGGAUGGCCUGUCCAAAGUCAUGCGUUUUCUCCAGGUCGUCUGAUCUCCUCGCAUUGCUAAAGACCCCCUAUGCGCAUGCAAAUUAUUGAAAUAAAAUUGAACCAAAUGUUAAUACCGAUAUGACCUAGUUUGUGACGAGUGGCUGUUAAACUCUCUCUAUCUGUUCGUUUGGAUCAGCUUGUUAGACCUUGACGGACAGAUUUAUUAAUACGAUAUGUUCCAGCUAGAACUUUACGUUCAUCAAAUAGUAAUUAGUUAAUUUGUACUUUUCGUAAAUCCAAGCUUGGAGAAACAGCGUUCACCUGGUCCAAAAGAGUGAAAUAAAAUACCAAAAACUGUACAGAAUAGCCCCAAUAUAUCAACUUUCACAAAGCGUUUAAAAAUAGAAUAUUUUCAAAUUAAUUAUCAAAAUUAAAUUUAUAUAAUAUUUUGUGUAUAUCUGAUAAUUUUGUUUUACCUAUGCUUGUUGUCUACGUUAUAUUCUCUGUAAAGCGCCACAGAGCAGUCAAACUGACUGAAUGUUCAGCGCUCUAGAAAAUUAUUAUUAUUAUGAUGGUGAUGAUGAUGAUGAUGAUGAUGAUGGUGAUGAUGGUGAUAAUAUGUGCCAUGUCAUUUAUUGAUAUUAUACUGGUUUAUGAUUUGUUAUAUUCAUGUCCAAUUUGUUAUAUCUAGACGUUACAUCAGGGGUUGCCUGACAAAUUCUUUAAAAAAAAUAGAUUUUAUUUUUAUGCACUUGAAUCACAUGAAAGAUGUUUUGUUCAAAAUGGAAAAAUGGAAAAAUUUGGAACUAAAAGCUUUUAUUAAAUCAGUCUUUUUUGGGAAGAAAUAAAAAGAACAAUUUUAACAGGUGUUCCUGAAUAACAGAAACUCAAAUUUAGUAGGCCUGCUGUACAAAGAUUUGAACUGUCAGUCUAAGCAAAUUCUAAAUCAUUACAUUAUUUUAGUUAAAGUUUUAGUGAAUAAGCCCCUCCAUUUUCAAUCCAGAUGAAUAAUUUUGAUUUCUAUAAAGUUUGACAAUGUAAAACCUUGUAAGCCAGACCAUGUAUAUGUUAAUGUAAGAUAGGGGUAUAGUAUUUUAUGUUUUAUAUACGUUUAGAGAUUAUGAUGAUGAUCAGAGUAAUAUUGUUAUAAGUUUUUAUUUUAUAUACAUGUAUAUAUAAUCAUGAUGUUAUUGUAUUUAAUUAUCAAACAUAUUCAAGGGUAGACAACUCUUACAAGAAAUAAAAUUCUGUGGAAUACAGUUACUGUUUGGAAUUAUGCUUGAUAACGACCAGUGAAAUCGUGUAGAAACGCUGUGUUGUAUUAUAUUAAGUACAAUCGCUAAAUACCAUUUAAAGAUUACUAGUAUGUUUAUCACUGAGCCACAAUUCGAGCAGGGUCCUCUAGUCGUCCGAGAAAGCACAAGAACGAUGUUAUUGUAUUGAUCAUCGAACAUAUUCAACAGUAGAGUGUAGACUCAAAUCAUCAUAUUAACAGUGUGGUUUCCCCUUGUCAGUGGUGCAGGACAGAGAGCCUGACAAGGAACAGGGUGUAAUGCUUUGGAUGAGACUAAAAGACAAUGGUUCCAUAUACACAUUGGUGUGUAUGUAAAAGAAAUUUCGCUCAUAACACGGUGUAUAGAAUAUGCAUUAGCCCAUUUGGUUCAGAGAAAUGGUACCUUAAACCCCUCCAUGUCAUCCAACAUAUUUAAGGGUCAACUUACUAUUUAUGAUUGAGCCACAUAUGUUAUAAUGUUAUCUUUUUUUAUGUGUAUAUUACUGUAUAUAACUUGCCACAUAUUAGUGUUAUCUUUGUUUUAUGUGUAUAUUAGAGUGUUUUCUUUGUUUAUGUGCAUAUUAGAGUGUUAUCUUAGCUUAUGUGUAUAUUAGAGUGUUGUCUUUGUUUAUGUAAGUGUUAUCUUAGCUUAUGUGUAUAUUAGAGUGUUAUCUUUGUUUAUGUGCAUAUUAGAGUGUUAUCUUAGCUUAUGUGUAUAUUAGAGUGGUAUCUUUGUUUAUGUUAGUGUUAUCUUUGCAUUUUGUUUAUGUGUAUAUAUUAUUUGUUACUAUAUCAUAUAUAUUUAUAGAAAUUGUUACCUAAUAAUAAAUAAUCCAUCCAUUUCA